CGAAAAACUAAAACGCAGCCUCGAAGCAGGGCAAAGGGCGCAAUCGGAGCGGGCAGGAGGCGGCCGCGCUCGUCGCGGCCCCGUCUGCAGCCGGGAGAUUGGGGCUCUCCUCCCUCCCCGGCUGAUAAAAGCUGGCGAGGACAGAGACGGGACUGAGCUUUCGCUGAGCCUCUGCCAGAGAAACGGGGGAAAAAAAAAAACCCUAACGGGGGAAAAACCGAGCGAGGAGAAACAAGUGAGGGGGGGAAAAGCAGCUGGAGGAACCCCAAAACAGCCAAGAAAUACCCAAAAAGUUCCGAGAGAGGAGAAAAUCCCAGCGCUACCAGGUGGAGAGGACGCGGUGGGCGCGAUGGCUUUCUUCCUCAAACCCCGGCCGUGCACCUGGGACUUGGCUGUGGACUACAACGCAGCGAAACAGUUUCAAGUGGAUGUGACCCUGGAUCCGACCACGGCCGGCCCCGAGGUGAUCCUCUCCGAGGACCUCAAGGAGGCCACCUGGGGCAGACCGGGGCACCGGUGGCCGGCGGGCCCGGGCCGUUUCGACACGGAUCCGUGCAUGUUGGCCAACCAAGGCUUCACCUCGGGCCGUCACUACUGGGAGGUGAAGGCGAGCGGGCGCUUCUGGACCGUGGGGGUGGCUCGGGAAUCGGUGCGGAGGAACGGCCGGAUCCUCUUCAAACCCAACGCCGAGAUCUGGGGCUUGCAGAAGUACGACGAGCUCUGCGUGGCCCUCACGGCUCCCUCCAACACCUCCGUCCCGCUCCACGGCGGGGAGAUCGGGGUCUACUUGGACUACGAGGUGGGGCAGGUCUCGUUUUACGCCCUCGGCACCCGCCGGCGCGUCUUCACCUUCCGCGUGGCCUCCUUCAGCGGCGAGAGGGUCUUCCCCUACUUCUGCGUGCUGCUCUCCACCAUCAAACUGCCCCCCCGGGGCUGACGAGGCGGCGACGGGGGUCCCCCCGAAACCGUUUUGGUGCUUCCAGGAGAAAUGGAAACGCUCCUCAAUGCACCUCACCUCGUUUUAUUGUUGUUAUUGUUGUUAUUUUUCUUCAGGAUUUGGGGUGACGUCCACCAUCCAUAGCUCGUGGGUCUGCCUCACCUCAUUUUAUUUUUAUUUUUAUUUUAUUUUUAUUUUUAUUUUAUUUUUUUCUUCAGGAUUUGGGGUGAUGUUCACUAUCCAUAGCUCAUGGGUCUGCCUCCCUCAUUUUUAUUUUAUUUUUAUUUUUAUUUUUAUUUUAUUUUUAUUUUUAUUUUAUUUUAUUUUUAUUUUAUUUUUAUUUUUUUCUUCAGGAUUUGGGGUGAUGUUCACCAUCCAUAGCUCAUGGGUCUGCCUCCCCUCAUUUUAUUUUUAUUUUAUUUUUAUUUUUAUUUUUAUUUUUAUUUUAUUUUAUUAAUUUUAUUUUUAUUUUAUUUUUAUUUUAUUUUUAUUUUUUUUCUUCAGGAUUUGGGGUGACGUCCACCAUCCACAGCUCAUGGCUC